AUGUCUGAAUGGACAAGGGAUGAUGCUGAAUUGCUUGAUAUGGCUCUCGAUGAUGAUGGUAAUAUCGAUGAUGAUGAUGAGCAGGAGGAUAAUGGCGGGGAUGAAGAGGUGGAUAAUCGUGCUCAUAAGGACAAUGAUAAUCACAAUGACGAUGACAAUAACAUUCAGCCAAAAGAUAAGAAUCUCAAUAAUCGGCAGAGCAAAGAAAGAAGGAAAUACUUGAUAACAAAGACGAUUGUUCUUGGCUUAAUCUGGAUGACCGGGGGGAGCUACUCAGGGCUGACAGUGGCGACAAUUCCAGACUUAAAGUUAAGGGUUGGUUCGGACUAUGAAGAGUUCUCACGGGCCCUGGCGGCAGCUGGUCUCGGUAUCUUCGUUUCUGCACCAUUAGGUGGUGUGCUUGCAGAUAGAUGGGUUCGAGGCCGGGAUGCUCAGAUUAUUACAUUUGUUGCACUUGCUGGUGUCUUCACAGUGGUCAGACCCUGGAUUACCAAUCUGUGGAUGUUUGGGGUUUUUAUGUGGUUGGAUGGGUUUGUACUUGGAAUAUAUUCUCCAGGGAAGAACAACAUGUUAGACAAACUGUGGGGUUCUGGGAUAGGACUGCCACGCCAUCUAAUGUCCGUCUGCUACCUAAUAGGAACUGUCCUUGCUCCAUUGAUAUGUCGGCCAUUUUUCUUGAUGCAUGACGUCAGUGAUGGUAGUGUCAAUUGUAAUGACUCGGAUGACUCAAUAUGUCUUAACACUACAAAUAAAUGGUUAAAUGAUACACAUUUUGCUAAGAGUGCAAAUGUCGAUGCUAUCAAUGCAACAUUCCCAAACAUUACGAAUGACACAGAAAAUGUAAUUCCUAAUGGUAACAUUGCAGGGUAUAGUAAUGAGAUAAGUUCUCCAAUAGAGUACCCAUAUAUGAUUAUAGUUUCGUGGACAAUUAUCCCUUUAGUGCUUUUAGGGAUAUUCUACUACCGUGAUCCGACUUCAGGCCAGAAGUAUUACACCCAAAAUGGUGAAAUAACCAAUGGUGCCUUCAAGAAAGAAACCCCAACGUGGAAGUCCAUAUUCUCGCCAAAGACAUGUGGACAAGGUAGUUCGGUAUUCGGAAUGGGAAUUAUAUUUGUACUUUGUUUAUAUUACUUUGCUUUGGCCUUCAAAGGUAGGCCUUUCCAUGAAUUCAUCAUGGCGUAUGCCGUGGAUAAAAUAGGAAUGUCGAAGGCAGACGCUGCAGUGAUUAUGGUAGUCGGACGGUUAAUCUCUAUCGUAGCAGGGAUUAUAUGGGGCACACUAACUCGUUUCAUCCCCAUACAAGUCUUGCUUUUCAUUCAGAUUUUCACGGAGCUGGCCAUUGUCAUCUACUUCAACUAUGUAGAAAUUCACACAAGUGCUGCCCUUUACGGCUUCAUUGCUGGUAUGAGUGUGUGCAGUGCGCCAAAUUGGGCAUCUGGUAUAACAUGGGGGCUCAGAUAUCUCGAGUUCUCAUCUUUGGUAUAUACUUUCAUUGAACUAAGUGCAUCAUCUGCGGGUAUACUCUCCACAUGGGCAACUGGCUAUGUCCUGGAGUAUGGUGGACAUGAAGCAAUGUUGAGGCUUCAGCUAGGAGGCAAUGUAGUACUUUGUGUCGUGGUGAUUAUCAUGCAAAUAGUUGCCUCGUGUAAAGGAGAGAAAUUUAAAAAAGCCGAGUCGUAUGAAAUGAAGGAGAUGGGAGAUCAUUCUGAUGCAAAGACGCCUUUACUGUUUUGUGAAUAG